UCACAUCUGCCGGUCAUCGGCGGCCGCAUCUGGCGCGAUGGAUCGUAUCCUCUUGGAGCGUUUGGGCAUCGGUUGGAAGGACAGCGUCUCGGAGGCCAAUGAGAAGAGGAUGAAGGAGUAUGACCGUCAGUUAGAAGAGGCCUUGGACUACGUGGAGGAAUACAACAAGUACUGGGAGACUGCCAGGGAACUUGACCUUCAGGCGAUGCUUGAGAAGCGAAGGUUAUACGAGAAGGGUUUUGUGACGGAGGACGGCAAGACGCAGUUGGCCGUGUCAAUCCGCAUCUGUGAGCCCCUGCGGCGCCUCUUCGCAGAGGCGCGGGAGGAGGUCCUCCGGAGCCUCACGGAGGAGCCAGCAGCGGAUGUGGAGAGGAGCCCAGUUUGGGUGCCGGACUUCGCCCACAUCCAAGACGAAGACCUGCACGUCACCGUGUGCAUUCCCAGCCUUUGGCGGGAACCCAACGUGGGUCCUGCGCACGAUGCCUACAAUCGCGAAGUGGCGAAAGCCCUACAUACCAUCGCUGCGGACCAUGAGGCCUUUGUGUUGGAAGUGGAUCGACUGGUGCUCACCAAAGAUGGUUCCCUCCUGGCACUCUUCAGAGCUGUGGGAGCGACAGAUGGCAAGGUCGUGCCGGUGCACGACAUCCUCAGUGAUCGUGGCAGCGAUACUUUGGAUCCAAUGACCUCUCUGAGAUCGGACGUACUGUACGUUUUCUUGGAAAAGAAGCUGUCGCACAUCCAACGGCAGAAUGAGCUGGAUCUCGCUCAAGUGCAUGAGCAUCCACAUUUGCUGAGGCAGGCAACCAUUGUAAAGACGGUCGGUGGCUCGGCGCACGGCUACAUCCAUUGCUCCUUGUGCCGCUUGGCAGUGGCACCUGAGCUGACCAAGAGACCGGUGGAUUGGAAGGCGAUCCAUCGAGUAUGCAGGUCCUGGACGGCCAAGUUGGCCGGGCGCCGUAUGGCGGUGCGCGACUUCACACUGAGCGAAAUGACGGGGCUGGGGCAGGGCAGAAACAAAAAUCCCUUCGAUCAAGCGAGAUGGUUGGAAGAGAUCCAGCUGAAACAGACAACUGGUCCGCUUGCUCAGAGAUCUUGGCUCCGAAGUCUUCUGCCGUGCUUUCCAUGACGAACCCCUAAGGACGAACGACCCAGAUGUUUCCGCGUAGUUUGGCUCAGAACUGGGCUUGGAACAUGAGACUUUUGGAAGAUUUCCCUCUUGGAUUCCCAAGUUGACUUGGUUUUGGUUGGUGGUCUCAAACAGUUUUGGCUUCUCAGCCCGUUUCUUGGGUUUUUUCGUAUCCCGAUUCACCGAUAAUUUGUGGCAGCUGAAAUUCCGCCCAUCAUGGCUUCAAUGGCCGGUUCAUGCAGGCUGGGAUUCACAAGAUAGGAAGUCAAAUGGCAAUGCUUGGAACCUUUGAAUUUGUUUUUUUGGGGUUGCAGGCAUCACUUUUAGAACUGGGUACAGAGUGCUGCAGAGAGUGCGGCAAACGCUGCGCCUGCAUCGAUUUGCUUCACAAUCCGCCGUUGCGGUAGACGAAAA